AUGUUUAACCAGUCUGGUCUUUUCUCCGCUGUCAACACGUCUUUCAUUGUCGCGAUGGGGUCCAACCUCAGUCCUGACCCUAGUGACACCACGAAUGCCCUUUUGAAGCAACUCGUGCAGAUUGGACUUGGCAACCUCGCUGAGGCAGGCUCCAAGCCUGCAGACCCAGCAUCUACCUGGUCUCUGACUGCGCCGACCUUGUGGAUUCAAAUGAUCGCAUAUGCGAGUUUGUCCAUGAGCUUGCUAGCUGCAUUCGGGGCCGUGCUGGGAAAGCAGUGGCUCGGGUACUACAAGUCAAACAGAUAUGGCCGCGGCUCGCAGGAGGAACAAGCAAAGCGCAGGCAAGAGAAGUUCAACGGCCUCGUCACAUGGCAUUUUGAUGCUGUCGUACAAUCCUUUCCGGUCUUACUUCAGAUCUCUCUUCUUCUCUUUGGGAUUGCUCUUGGCGCCAAUUUGUGGUACAAGCAGGCGAGCAUCGCCUGGGUCAUCAUUGGAACGACGGUCUUCGGAUUUCUCUUUUAUUCUCUGACUGUGAUGGCGUGUCUGAUAUCUACUGCCUGUCCAUUUCAGACACCGACAUCGACGAUAUUGUACGUGUUGCGCAUCGACAGUAAGAUCAUGAAUUCUGGUGGUUGUUCCCUAUCUGAAUCAAUAUUGCAGGAUUUCUCCACCUGGCAUUCAAACGAGUUUCCUGUGAUUUCCAGUGGCUCAUGA